AUGGCCACGGCCACGCUGCACGUGGUGCUGGCCGAGAGCUUGCAGGAGGCGCUACCAGAGCUGAGUGACAGAGGCUCCCCGGUGGGGAACGUGGUAGCCGACCUGGCGCUGGACCUCGGGAGGCUGCCGGGGCGCCGGCUGCGGGUGGUGUCCGGCGGCAACAAGAAGUACUUCGGGGUGGAUCUGACGAGCGGCGCGCUGCUGGUGAGCGAGCGGAUAGACCGGGAGGAGCUCUGCGGCGCGCUCUCUCCCUGCUCCCUCAGCUUUGAGAUCGUGGUGGAAAACCCGCUGGAGCUGUACAGCGGCGCCGUGGAGAUCCAGGACAUCAAUGACAACGACCCGGUUUUUCCCAGCAGCCAGGCGAGGCUGGAAAUCAGCGAGUCGGUGGCGGCCGGAGCGCGCUUCCCGCUAGAGAGCGCGCAAGACCCCGAUGUGGGGAUUAACUCUUUGCAGACUUACCAGCUCAGCGCCAACCCGCACUUUGCGCUCGACGUGCAGACGAGGGUGGAUGGCAGCAAGUACGCGGAGCUGGUGCUAGAGAAGGAGGUGGACAGGGAGGAGCAACGGGAGCUGCAUUUAGUCUUGACUGCACUGGAUGGAGGCAGCCCGCCACGCUCGGCCCACGUGCAGAUCCACAUUGACGUUGUGGAUGCCAAUGAUAACACCCCAGUCUUCAACCAGUCCACCUACAAGGCAAGUGUGAGGGAGAACACGCCCAAUGGUACUCUGGUUGCCAGGAUCAGUGCAUAUGAUUUGGAUGAUGGACCCAACGGAGACAUCAUCUAUUCCUUCAGCAGCCACACACCUGUCAAGGUACGAGAACUUUUUGCUCUGGACUCAGCCACGGGUGAGUUGAGGGUCAAGGGACAGCUAGACUACGAGGAAACAAAGCUGUAUGAGAUUUACUUACAGGCUAAAGACAAGGGUGCCGUUCCUGGCGUGGCUCAUUGCAAAGUGCUGGUUGAAGUUGUGGAUGUGAAUGACAACACUCCAGAGGUGACAGUGACUUCUGUGUACAGCCCCGUGCCUGAAGAUGCAGCCCCAGGCACAGUAGUAGCUCUGCUGAGUGUAACAGACUCGGACUCCCAUGACAACGGUCUGGUGAACUGCUUCAUUUCUCCUGGGAUCCCGUUCAUGCUCAGCUCCUCCCUCAAAAAUUACUACACAUUGAAAACAAAAGCAGCUCUGGACCGAGAAAAGGCAUCAGAGUAUAAUAUCACUAUCACAGCCAGGGACUCAGGCUCACCACCCUUGUCUGCAGUAAAACAGAUCCUGGUGCAGGUGUCAGAUGUCAACGACAAUGCGCCCAAGUCUUCCCAGGACUCCUAUGAUGUGUAUGUGCUGGAGAACAACGUGCCUGGCAUGCCCAUCCUUAAUGUGAGCGCCACAGACCCGGACCUUGGACGCAACGCCCAUCUCUCCUAUACUCUCUUGCAGGGUGAUCCCACUGUAGGCCACAUCUUCUCCAUCAACCGGGAGAAUGGCACCCUCUACCUACUCACCUCCCUGGACCACGAGGACCAGGUGGAGUUCAGCAUGAUGGUGCAGGUCCAGGAUGGCGGCUCUCCGCCUCUGGCUACUAAUGUCUCAGUCAGUGUGUUUGUCACCGACCUCAAUGACAAUGCCCCAACCGUGCUGUACCCUCACCCCAACACCACUGCCACCUAUACCGAUGUGGUGGCACCAGGCACUCCUGCCGGGCACAUAGUCACCAAGGUGGUGGCAGUGGAUGCAGAUGCUGGGUACAACGCCUGGAUCUCCUAUACCUUGUUGCAGGCCACUGACCCCAGCCUCUUCUCAGUUGGACCACACAGCGGGGACAUCUUCACAGCCCGCCAGCUCAAGGAGGAUGAUGCUUCCCAGCACACACUAGUCAUCCUGCGGAAAGACCAUGGGGAGCCUGUGCUGUCUGCCAGUGCCACUGUCUCCAUCUUUGUGGCCGAGAUGGUCAAGGAGGUGCUCACUGACCUCACUGAUGUGGCACCUGCCAAUGAUCCCAGGAGGCAUGUGACUUUCUAUCUCAUCCUGGCUGUGAUUUUGGUAUCAGCGGCUUUCUUCAUCACCAUGUUGUCAGUGGGCAUCUUCAAGUGCUACAAGUGGAGGCAGUCAAAGGAGUUGUUCAACAGCUCCAGGAGCACCCUGUACAGGACACCAGGGCCCUUCCACCACAUUGAUGCUGUGAGGGGUGGCUUCAUGCCACCCAGCUUAUACCACCAGGUCUAUCUCACCACAGACUCUCGCCAGAGUGAUCUCAUGUGUAAAAAGCCCUUCACUUCCAGCCCUCUGGGGAGCCGCCAGAGCACCAUGAGGAAUGGUGAACCAGGGCUGUACCACCAGAUUGUGGGCACUGCAAGCCGGCUCCCCACACCUGCCGAGGAAUGCUUUGAUCCUCAGAGGGGUGUCCGGGUAGUGGAUCCAGAGGAAGAAGGAGGAUCUGAUGCGUUUCCAAGGUGGUUGGUGCUGGUAAUAUGUCCCUUCCGGGGAGGCCAUGAUGACUCAGGUACUGUGAAGGUUGACCCCUUCCUUGCCCCAAGUGCCUGCUGCGUCCUGGGCUGGACGCGCACAGACAUGGAGAGCAUCAGCCUCCAGCGACCCGCCUGGAAAUGGCAAGUACUGAGUUUGUUUUCGCUCUGCGGCUGGGGCUGGGUCUCUGGGCAGAUCCACUACUCGGUGGUUGAGGAGUCAGAUGUGGGAACCGUGGUCGGGAAUGUGGCCCGGGACCUGGGCUUGAAGGUGGAGGAGCUGCCGGGUCGCAGGCUGCGCCUGGGCUCAGAGGAGAGCCUGCGCCACUUUGCCGUGCGCCUGGACAGUGGCAUGCUAGUGGUGAGCCAGCAGCUGGACCGGGAGCGUCUGUGUGGAGCAGCUGCCAGCUGCGUGCUGUCAGUGCAGGUGGUGACAGAGAACCCCCUGCAGCUCUUCCGUCUGGAAGUCGAGAUCCUGGACCUGAAUGACAACUCUCCAAGCUUCCCCACUGCUCACCGCACCCUGCGCAUUGCCGAGUCUGCCACAGUGGCUGCGCGCUUCCCCCUGGAGAGUGCGCAGGACCCCGAUGUGGGCACCAAUGCUGUGGGCUCCUACCGGCUGAGCUCCAGUUCCCAUUUCUCCCUGGAUGUCAAGCAGCAGCAGGAUGGCAAACUCUUCCCAGAGCUGGUGCUGGAGCGUGCUCUGGACCGGGAAGAGCAGCCAGAACUGGAGCUGGUGCUGACAGCCAUGGAUGGGGGAAGCCCAGCCCGCUCAGGCACGGCGCAGAUAACGGUCUUGGUCUUGGAUAUCAAUGACAACGCGCCCACCUUUGACCGUGCCACGUACAAGGUGCAAGUCCCAGAAAACACACCUGUGGGGGCCCUGCUCCUCCGGCUUAAUGCGUCUGACCCUGAUGAGGGCCCCAAUGGGGAGACGCAGUACUCGUUCGGGGUUCAUACCUCCGACUCAGUCCGGAGGCUCUUUGCCCUGGAUCCCCACAGUGGUGAGGUCAGGGUGAGUGGGGCCCUGGACUUUGAGGAAUCACCUUUCUAUGAGAUCUAUGUGCGAGCCCAUGAUGGUGGGGUCCCAGAGAUGGAGGGCCACUGCAUGUUACAGGUGGAAGUGGAGGAUGCCAACGACAACCCUCCAGAGCCCUCCCUGCGGACCCCAGUGCCAGAAGACACCCCACUGGAGACUGUCGUGGGGCUCUUCAACAUACGGGACCGAGACUCAGGGGCCAAUGGGGAUGUGAGCUUGGAGAUCUCCCCCAAUGUGCCUUUCACUGUCAGGUCCCUUCAGAACCACUUCUCCCUGGUCACCCGGGAGAGUCUGGACCGUGAGUCCACCUCACAGUACGUAGUGGAGCUGAUUGCCCAGGAUGGUGGGUCUCCCACGACGCUCACACUGCUCCUUAACAUAUCUGAUGUGAAUGACAACCCCCCACGCUUCUUGCAGCCCUCCUACGAUGCCUUCCUCCCGGAGAAUAACCCACCUGGCUCCCUGCUGUGCACUGUCUCUGCCUCGGACCCCGAUGAUGGGGAGAAUUCCCACCUUGUUUACUCCAUAGAGACUGGCCAAGUGCAGGGUACCCCCACCUCUUCCUUUGUCCACAUCAACCCUGACAACGGCAACCUCUACGCUCAGCGCACCUUCGACUUUGAGCUACUGCAGGUUCUGCCGGUCUCUGUGGCUGUGCGGGACUCAGGGUCCCCCCCACUCCGUGCCAACAUUACUGUCUACAUCUUCGUGCUGGACCAGAAUGACCACUCCCCCACCAUCCUGCACCCUGCCAGCGACAGUGACAUCCCAGCACCCCAGAGGGUCCCCCUGUCUGCGCCACCUGGCUACCUGGUUACCAAAGUGACAGCAGUGGACGCAGAUGCUGGGCACAAUGCCUGGCUCUCAUACCGACUGCUGCCGCAGUCCACUGACCCCUCCUUGUUCCAUGUGUCGCUGUACACUGGGGAGGUGCGGACAGCACGUGCCAUCCAGGACACCGACGCGGUAGCGCAGCAGCUCAUUGUGCAGGUGAUGGACAACGGUGACCCACCGCUCUCCACCACUGUCACCAUCACCGUGGCCCUGGAGGAGGUGGCCCUGGAGGAGAGCUACAAGGCUCGGGACUUCCUGGCUGGUGCCAAGGAGAAGCCGGACCUGACCCUCUACCUGAUCAUCGCGCUGGCAGCCGUUAGCACUGUGGCACUUGCCACUGUCACCCUCCUGGCCGCCCGGUGCCUCCGUCGUAGAGGCCGUGCUGCUGCCUCACCCAGCUGCUGCUGGCUCAGCGAGUCGCCUUCCCGGGACUUCUUCAAGAACUCCAGCCCCAAGCUCCAGCUCAGCUCCGACGGCACCCUGAAGUACAUGGAGGUCACCCUGCGACCCGCCGACUCCCAGUCCCAGUGCUACAGCACCUGCUUCUCCCCCGGCUCUGACCGCAGCGACUUCACCUUCCUGCGGAUGCUGAGGGCAGGGAAGGCGGGCCGGUCCCUGGGACUGCCGCCUGUCUUCUCCUUCUGUUUGUUCUUGCACAGCUCCUCUGCCCAGAUCCGGUACAGCAUCCCGGAGGAGCUCACCCGGGGCGCCUUCGUGGGCAAUAUCGCGAAGGACCUGGGCACCGAUGUGGCGAAACUGGCGGCAGCUAAUCUGCAGGUACUGUCCGAUUCGGAUUCCCAGUACUUUUCGGUCAAUGUGAACACCGGCGUUAUAAUGGUCAGCGAGCGGAUAGACCGGGAGCAGCUCUGCGGGCAGAACCCCCGUUGCUUCCUCCACCUCAAACUUGCCAUUGAGAACCCGGUGGAGUUUUACCGCAUUGAGGUGGAGAUCCUGGAUAUCAAUGACAACCCCCCAGAGUUCCCCAGUGACGAGGUUUCCUUGCGCAUCUACGAGCUGGCGUCCCUGGGCGCCCGCUUCCCCAUCCAGCCUGCUCAGGACCCUGACGUGGGCACUAACACCUUGCAGACCUAUCACCUGAGUGCAAAUGAGAACUUCAAUCUCAAUGUGAAGGCACGCACAGAUGGUGGGAAGUUCCCUGAGCUGGUGCUGGAGAAGGCCCUGGAUCGAGAACUCAGAGCUUUCCACCACCUGGUCCUGACCGCCGAAGACGGGGGCUCUCCCCCAAAGUCCAGCAAGACACGCAUCACUAUUCAGGUCCUGGAUGCCAAUGACAACCACCCAGUCUUUGACAGACCAUCGUACGGAGCCCGCUUGGUGGAGAACUCGCCACUGGGCACUCUCGUGGUGAAGUUAAAUGCCACCGAUGUGGAUGAAGGGCCCAACGGAGACAUCCGCUACUCCCUCAGCAGCCACAACUCAGCUGCCUUACGCCAGAUCUUUGCCAUUGAUGAGCAAACUGGAGAGAUCCGUGUCCAGGGCAACCUGGACUUCGAGGAGGCAACAGUGUAUGAGAUCGAAGUGGAGGCGAAGGACAUGGGGUCACCCACAAUGGAGGAGCACUGCAGCGUGGUAGUGGAAAUCACUGAUGUGAACGACAAUGCCCCCGAGGUCAUUCUUACCUCCUUCUCCAGCUCCCUGAGCGAGGAUGCACCCCCAGGCACAGUGGUGGCUGUGAUACACGUCAGAGACAGGGACUCUGGUGAGCAAGGCAAGGUCCAGUGUCACGUGUCUCCAGAUCUUCCCUUCCAGCUGCGUAAGGACUAUGAGCACCAGUACUCGCUUCUAACCAGCACCCGUCUAGACCGGGAGCAUAUUGCCUACUACAAUGUCACCAUCUCUGCCUCGGACCUGGGCAGUCCCCCACUCUCCCGCCACACCAUCUUGCCAAUUGCCCUGGCAGAUGUCAAUGACAACGCGCCCCAGUUUGAGCAAGCGUCCUACGAAGUGCUGGUGGCAGAAAACAACCCGGUGGGCAGCGUGCUGGUUACUGUCUUUGCUACCGACCCUGACUCGGAGCAGAACUCCCGCCUCUCCUACUCCAUCCUGCGAGCUGGUGGGACAGAUCCAGGCCUGGAUGCGACUCGCUACCUCUCCAUACAUCCCACAAGCGGGCAGGUCUCUGCCAAACUCCCCUUUGAUUAUGAGCAAACCACCUAUCUCCAGUUCCAUGUGGAGGUGUCUGAUGGUGGCUCCCCAGCCCUGAGGAACAGGACACCGGUUCACGUUUUUAUAGUGGACCAGAAUGACAAUGCCCCACAGGUGCAUUUCCCCAGGGCUGGGGAGGACUCUGCUACCCAGUUCCGCAUCUCCCCCUUCACCACCCCUCCUGCUCUCAUUACCAAGGUGGUGGCAAUAGAUGCAGACUCGGGACGCAAUGCUUGGCUCUCCUACCACCUCGUGGAAGCCACAGACCCAGGGCUUUUCAGUGUGGCCCUGCGCUCCGGGGAGAUACGGAUCACACGGGCUCUGCAGGAGACGGAUGCCUCUGCACAUGAACUGCUGGUGGUGGUCCGGGAUGCUGGGGACCCCCCGCUCUCCACAGCUGUCACUCUGGUGGUGCUGGUGGAGGAGAAGGGCCCAGAGGCCUUGCAGGGCUCCGAGGCUCGGGCCACCGAUGGUGGGGGCUUACCCACGAUUACACUUUAUCUGAUCGUGUCCCUAGUGCUCAUCUCCACCGUCUCACUGGUGGGACUGGCAUUGCUGGGCGUGCGGUGCCUGCGGCGGGGCUCUGUGCCUGCCAACCAGGGCUGCUGCGUGGAGACUCUGUCCUGCCUGCCGGCUCCCAGCAGCGCCCAGCUCCGCUACUCCGUGCCCGAGGACCGAGAGCCGGGUUCCUCGGUGGGCGACCUGGCCAAGGACCUCGGGGUGGAGGUGCGCAGCCUGGUCGCCCGCAACCUGCGCCUGGUGAGCGAGGGUGAGCAGCGGCACUUUCAGGUGGACCUGGUGGCAGGCGUCCUGCUCCUCGACAGCAGGCUGGACCGGGAGGCACUCUGUGGGCAGAGCCCCACGUGCUGCCUGCACCUCCAACUCGUCAUGGAGAAUCCCCUCCAGCUCCACCGUGUUGAGGUGGAUGUCCUUGAUGUGAAUGACAACGCGCCCCAGUUCCCCAAGCCGGAGGUGGUCUUGGAGAUCACUGAGGUAGCCAACCCUGGGACUCGGCUGCCUUUGGAGGUAGCAGAAGACCCGGAUAUGGGCUCCAACUCCAUCUCCACCUACGAGCUCAGCCCCAGUGAGCAUUUUGCCCUGAGUAUCAACAUGAGAGGAGAUGGUGUUAAAAUGCCUGAGAUCGUACUUGAAAAAGCACUGGACAGAGAGAAAGUGGCUGUUCAUCACCUAACACUGACAGCCCUGGACGGAGGGAAUCUGGUGAAAUCUGGCACUGCCAAGGUUACCAUCCAUGUCCUGGAUGCAAAUGACAACCCUCCUGUCUGCUACCCACCCAUAUCCAAGGUACAUCUGGAGGAGAAUGUGCCGGUGGGCACUCUGGUCACCAAAUUGAAUGUCACUGACCUGGAUGAAGGUCCCAACGGGGAUGUGGAAUAUUCUUUCAAAAUUAGCAAUAACGCACCUGGUAAAUUCACCAAGCUGUUCUCCUUAGAUCCCCGGACAGGGGAGAUCAGAACCAAAGCCCCGCUGGAUUAUGAGGAAUCCAGCGCUUAUGAGAUUGCGGUUCGAGCCAGGGACAAGGGAUCCCCAGCCAUGGAAGGACACUGUCAUCUGCGAGUGGAAUUAAUUGAUAUCAACGAUAACAGCCCAGAGAUCAUGCUGACCUCUCUCUCUAGCCCAGUGCAGGAAGAUGCAACCCCGGGAACUGUGAUUGCCCUCAUUGGUGUGAAGGACAGCGAUUCUGGUGACAACGGGCAGGUCCGCCUGCAGAUAGCCAAAGAGCUCCCAUUUAAACUGGUGUCAUCUUUUAAAGAGCAUUUCUCUCUGGUCACGAAUGGUCCCCUUGAUAGGGAGAAGGCCAGUGGAUACAACAUCACUGUGAGGGCUGUGGAUUCAGGGUCCCCACAGAGGACCACGCAGAAAACCUUUUACCUCCGAAUUGCUGACGUGAAUGAUAAUGCACCAAAUUUCUCCAGCCCUUUCGAUACAGCUCACGUUCAGGAAAACUCCCUUCCAGGAACUUCUGUCUUUUCAGUGUCAGCAUCUGAUCCUGAUGAGGGUAGCAACGCCAAGCUGUCUUACUCCAUCCUGGACAACAGGAUACAGGAUGUACCUGUGUCAACCUACUUCCGAAUAGACCAGGACAAUGGCACCAUCUACACCGUCAGAGCUCUGGACUAUGAGCAGGAUAAGGUGUUCCAGGUGCCCGUGGAGGUGAAGGAUGCUGGGUCUCCUGCCCUGAGUAGUACUGCUGUGGUCCAUGUGUUUGUCAUGGAUGAGAACGACAAUGCCCCCACCAUUGUCUACCCGUCCAUCCCCAAGGGCUCUGCCUUCCACCAAACCAUCCCAGCCUUGGCAGAACCUGGCUAUCUGGUCACCAAAAUUGUAGCUGUUGAUGCUGAUAGUGGCCAUAAUGCCUGGCUGUCCUACCAGCUGCAGGACACUGCUGAGGCUUUGCCUUUUCAAGUGGAACGCCGCUCUGGAGAGAUAAGGGUUGCACAGGCUCUCAGAGAGUCAGAAGAUCCCCACAGGCUGGUGGUCGAAGUGAGGGACAAUGGGACACCAUCCCUCUCAGCCUCCGUAGUAAUAGUCAUUUCUCCAGAGGAAAACAGCGUGCAGGACUUUGCCAAGUCCUUGGACCUCCCCAAAUCUUCUCCCAAGGAUACCAGCCUAACGCUUUACCUCAUCAUCUCCUUGGUGUCUAUUUCCCUCGUGUCCUGCGUGAUGUUUGCUGUGGUGGCUGCCCGGUGUCUCAAAGCUGGCGCUGCCAGCUGGACAUUUGCAGGUUGCUGCCGAGGGACUGGCCGCAAGCCCACCUCCCAUUUCCAUGGGCAGAUGAAGCCAGAUGGCUUCAUCAAGUACCUGGAUGUGGGAGGAGCAGGCUUGACCUCCCAGGCACAGAAUUACACCUCUUGUUUCUCGCCCAUGUCUGACCAGAGUGAUUUCCUCUUUGUAAAACCUUUCAGCCAUUCUAGCACUGCGGAGACCAUGGCUGCCUAUGAGCAGGUGACCAGCACCUUAGCGAGUCCCUGCGAUGGGAGACCUAGGCAGUGGCGUGCUUUGAAAACUUUAUCCAUUUGUCUUCAGAUGUCUAAAUAUGGAUGCAAGAAUGGAGGUAUUAAAACUUUUCUAUUUUCUCUGCAGCAAGCUCAGCCCAACACAGACUGGCGCUUCUCUCAGACCCAGAGACCUGGAACGAGUGGCUCCCAGAAUGGAGAGGAAGGUGGAGCCUGGCCAAACAACCAGUUUGACACGGAGAUGCUUCAAGCCAUGAUCCUGGCUUCAGCAAAUGAAGCUGGUGAUGGCAACUCGACCCUGGGUGGCGGGACUGGCACCAUGGGGCUGAGCGCCCGCUAUGGCCCCCAGUUCACCCUGCAGCACGUCCCCGAUUACAGGCAGAACGUCUACAUCCCGGGCAGCACUGCCACCCUCACCAACGCUGCUGGCAAGCGCGAUGCCAAGAGCGCCGGCUCCUCGGGAGGCAACAAGAAGAAAUCCGGGAAGAAGGAGAAGAAGUAGAGAAGAAGAAGGAGACCUUAGAGCUACAGGGCAGCCUGCUCCAGCACUCCCCCAAACCCAGGCCAGAGGACGAAUGUCAAUUUUUUGUGAAGCAAAAAGUGUGAAAUGCUGCGAAUGUAUCUCAUCAUCAUCAGAGCUAGGAGCAGGGUCUUGCUGCUGUUAGAUCUCAUGAUGAAAACCAAUCCGGAAGCUAAACUGAAUGCAAAUAAGUGCCCUGUGAAUACUUGCUAAUGUUUUAUACGAUCCCUUCGGUAUUAGAAUAUGCAAGGGCAGAAGGUCUUCUGCUAUGUCUUUGGAUCCGAUUUUCUCCCAGAUAGUCAGAGAAAGGCACAAGGCUAGCGCUCGGCUUUGCCCAGUGUAAAUAAUUUUGAUGCGGAUCUUUUAAUUUAUAGACCUUCAAUCAUUUUUUUGGAAAGGAAAAGGCAGUUCCUAGCUUACAGCCCGUGCUCUAGAUCUUUGCUUUUAAACUUUCCAUUAGUAAAAUUCACACUUAGUUAAUGAUAGCGAUGGAUUCGUUGCUGAGAAGUUGGAAGGGAGUGCUUCAGUUCCUCC